UCGUGUUUCUGUGCCAUUUCCUUCGGAAAGAGACGCAGAGAUAGUGUACAACUCGCUGCGCAUUGACUCGGACCCAAAGAGGUCUGGCUGCUCCAAGAAACUUGGCUUGGAAGGAAACGUGCUCACUGUGCAUUUCACUGCUAAGGAGCCAAAGCAGUUGAGGGUUGGCGUCAACUCCUUUUUUGACUUUCUGUUACUCGCAAUCAACACGGUCCACCGCUUCGGCCCAGCCUCCUGAGCCCCUUCACCGUGACAUUUUCAAGUAGGCCUCCGUAACAGACAUUGCUAACAUGGCCAUCAAAACUCCAGCACCUUUGGCAAGCAGGGCCAUCUACGGCUACGUGCUCUACGUGUCGUGCCACUUGGGACUUGCCCUGUAUGUGCUUUGGGCAUACAUCCCGAGUUCUUGGCUGAGGGCAAUGGGCGUGACCUACUUUCCGGACAAAGUGUGGGCCAUUGCCGUACCUCUCGCCGGUGUUGUGGCUGUGUUGUUGUUUGGCUUCUGCCUCUACCCUGCCAUCAUUGCCUUUGCCACAGCCCCGAUGGACUCUCCAUCCACCAUUUGCGACAAGUACUCUGUUUAUGAAUACAGAAAGCCACCCAUUGAUGGUGCCAUACCACCUAUCAAGGAUGUCCACAUCUCACAGGUUUGCCGAGAACUGUAUGGGAGUUGAUGCGAGAAUUAAAAGCUCCUGUUAUCGUUUUUGAAAAGCAAA